AUUUCUUAUUUGAUUUAAAACCCAAAAAAAGAGUUCUUUUUGAUUUUCCUUUAGCUAUGCUAUACAUAUAUAUAAUAUAUACAAGACAUAUUUGCAUAUAAUAUAACACAAAUACACACAUAUAAGCACGAGUUCUUCCAAAAAGAGACAAAAGGGAAUAGAAGGAUAAAGGAACCUUUAUUUUUAUAAAAACAGAGAAGUUUCGUCCUUUUUAAUCUUUAAGCUUCACUCACAAAAUCACAAGCCCUCUAAUUGUUCUUCCUCUUCACCAUCUCUCUUCUUCUGUUUCCUCUUCUUCUUUCAGAAAGAGAAAAGAAAGUUCAAAGAAAUCCACAUCAAAAGGAUUAGGGUUUUCGUGGGCUCGUAUAUAAAUGGUUAGGUGUGGAAGAAGCAGCGACGGAGGAAUUGGUGGUGUUAGACCAUACGUGCGGUCUCCGGUACCUCGCCUGAGAUGGACGCCGGAGCUUCACCGGAGCUUCGUACACGCCGUUGAUUUGCUCGGCGGUCAAUACAAAGCAACUCCAAAACUUGUUCUUAAGAUAAUGGAUGUGAAGGGACUAACCAUUUCACACGUCAAGAGCCAUCUCCAGAUGUAUAGAGGAUCCAAACCCACUCUUUUUGGGAGACCUGAAGAGAGUUCUUCAUCAUCUUCAAGAAGAAGAAGAAGACAAGACAAUGAAGAAGUUCAUCUUCAUGACAACUUGUCUGUACACGCAAGGAAUGAUUGUCUUUUGGGUUUUCACUCUUUUAACUUUAGAGAGCAGAGUUCAGCGACUGAUAAUGAUGACGAUGACUUUCUUAACAUCAUGAACAUGGAGAGAACGAAGACAUUUGCAGGCAAUCGCGAGUCAAUCAAAUUUCAGUCUCAUCACUUUCUCGAGGCUCAGACCACGGAGAACAAGUGGGAAAGCAAAUGGCGGGAAAACGAACACGUAGAAGAAGAAGACGAAGAACUAUCGCUGUCUCUGUCGUUGAAUCAUCCCCACAAUUAUCAACAACGUUGGAGAAGCAAUGCGUCGUCGUCACUCAGUGAAACCAGCGAGGCUAUCUCAUCUUCUUCUGCUCCAUCCAUCUUCAGAGAUUGCUUUGCUUCUUCCAAGAUCGAUCUUAACCUUAAUCUCUCCUUUUCUCUACUCCGUAGCUGAAGCUUUAUUCGCUUGUUUUUAAUAUAUAUUAGUGCAGUGAACAUUCAAAUUUGUUUCAAAAACUCACUAUGAAAAAUCAUAAUCUUUUAGCUAGGCUUUUAGAUUUCUUCUAUGAUCAUGAUGUUUUUUGGAGUCUACUAUGUCAUGGUCAAUUCGUUUUUGUUCUCUCGGAAAUUUGGAAUGUUGUUACCGAUU